GGUGGUUCUGAGUAUCUGCACACCUCCUCUCUCAUCAUACCAUGACGGACACCUUUGUCAGUACCUGGAAGCUAGUGGACAGCAAGAAUUUUGAUGACUAUAUGAAGUCCCUCAGUGUGGGUUUUGCCACCAGACAGGUGGCUAGCAUGACGAAGCCUACCACAGUCAUCGAGAAAAACAGGAAUACUAUACUCAUAAAGACAUACAGCACCUUCAAGAACACAGAGAUGAGCUUUCAGCUGGGAAUGCAGUUUGAUGAGGUAACAGCAGAUGACAGGAAGGUCAAGUCGAUCGUGACACUGGAUGGAGGCAAACUUGUCCAAGUGCAGAGGUGGGAUGGGCAAGAGACUCUGCUUACAAGGGAGCUGUGUGAUGGGAAGCUCAUCCUGGCAUUCACCCAUGGCACCAGAACUUACAAGAAGGAGGCAUGAUGCUCCUGCACUGUGGCUGACUGUUCCUCUGCUAACUGGCUACCCUUUGACUCAGCACCUCAUGCCUCAUUUUUUUCCCUCUGGUGUUUUGUAUAAAUACACUUGGGUUGGGAUUUUUUUGGAGAUGGGGCACCAGUCUGAAUCCCAGUUCCCAUUGUGUAUGUGGCUUUAUUCUUUAAAACUGUAUCCAAAGGUUGCUCUGAGGUCAAUAAAGCAG